AUGGCACCAAAGCGCACACGCUCCGGCCGCGGACGCGGCGGGCCGUCGGCGAGCCCUUCGGGGUCGGCGAGCGGCGCCGAGGGCAGCCCGCUGCCGGCGGAGGAGGGUGCGGCGUCCCAGGGGACGCCGCAGCCCGAGCAGCCCGCGCAGUCCGCGCCGCCGCGGCCCGACCCGCUCGCCGAGGAGGAGGAGGAUGGCGAGGAGCUCAUCGGCGACGACAUGCACGCCGACUACCGCCCGAUGGGGGCGCUCGACGAGUACGAGGAGGACGGGAUCGACCACGCGGAGUACGGUGGGAUCGACGCCCGCGCCCGCGCCGCCGCCGAGGCCGAGCUCGAGGCGCGCGAGGCGCGCGAGACCACGUCGCGCCUGCCGGCGGCGCUGCUCGACGAGGACGACGAGGAGGGCGAGUCGCGGCCGCGGCGGCGGCGGCGCGAGGAGCCCGAGCAGGGCGCCGAGGCGGCCGACACGGUGGACCAGAUCAUCGACGACGAGGAGAGCGGCAUCAACCUCGAGGAGUACUCCAACAAGACCCUCGCCGAGUGGAUCCGCACGCCGGCCGUCGGCGAGGAGGUCAAGCGGCGCUUCAAGCGCUUCCUGACGCAGUUCGACCGCAAGAGCGCGUCCGGCGAGGGCGGCGGCUCGUCCAAGUACGCGACGCUCGUGCGGCAGAUGUGCUCCGCCAACCGCGAGUCGCUCGACGUCUCCUACCUCGACCUCUCGCGCGAGGUGCCCAUCCUCGCCAUCUGGGUCGCCGACGCGCCAAAGGAGAUGUUCGAGCUGCUCGACACGGCCGCGAUGGACGUGGUGCGGAUCAUGUACCCGGACUACCCGGACACGUGCCCGCGCAUCCACGUGCGCGUCACCGACCUGCCGAUCCAGGACUCCAUCCGCGAGCUCCGCCUCAUCCACAUGGGGUGCCUCGUCAAGGUCUCUGGCGUCGUCACGCGCCGCUCGUCCGUCUUCCCGCAGCUCAAGGUGUGCAGGUACAACUGCACCAACUGCGGGUACGUGCUCGGCCCCUUCUCCGUCUCCGGCCCCGAGCCGAAGAUGUCGGGCCACGUCUGCCCCUCGUGCCAAGCCAAGGGGCCGUACGUCCUCAACACCGAGCAGACGGUCUACUGCAACUACCAAAAGGUGACGCUGCAGGAGUCGCCCGGCUCGGUGCCCGCAGGCCGGCUGCCGCGCCACAAGGAGGACCUCAUCGACACGGUGCGGCCAGGCGAGGAGGUCGAGGUGACCGGCGUGUACAACACGUCCUUCGACUCGGAGAUGAACCGCAAGACGGGCUUCCCGGUCUUCUCGACCUCGGUCGAGGCCAACCACGUGCAGCGCAAGGACGAGGCCGACCGCAACUCCCUCACGGAAGACGAGGAGCGCGAGAUCCAGCGGCUCGCAAAGGACCCGCAGAUCCGGCAAAAGAUUCUCCGCUCGGUCGCGCCCUCCAUCCACGGCCACUCCAACAUCAAGAUGGCCAUCGCGCUCUCCAUGUUUGGCGGCCAGUGCAAGGACGUGUCGAGCAAGCACCGCAUCCGCGGCGACAUCAACGUGCUCCUCCUCGGCGACCCGGGCACGGCCAAGUCCCAGUUCCUCAAGUACGUCGAGAAGACGGCGCCGCGCGCAAUCUACACCACCGGGCAGGGCGCCACCGCCGUCGGCCUCACCGCCUCGGUGCACAAGGAGCCGGUCACGCGCGAGUGGACCCUCGAGGGCGGCGCGCUCGUGCUCGCCGACAAGGGCGUCUGCCUGAUCGACGAGUUCGACAAGAUGAACGACGCCGACCGCACCUCGAUCCACGAGGCGAUGGAGCAGCAGUCCAUCUCCAUCUCCAAGGCGGGUAUCAUCGCGACGCUGCAGGCGCGCUGCGCGGUCAUCGCCGCCGCGAACCCGCUCAAGGGGACGUACGACCCGUCGCUCUCCUUCACCGAGAACGUCGACCUCACCGACCCGAUCCUCUCGCGCUUCGACUGCAUCUGCGUGGUCAAGGACACCGACGAGCGCCUCGCCGAGUUCGUCGUCGGAUCGCACAGGAGGCUCCACCCGCGCGCCGAAGAGCUCGGCACCGCCGGCGCGAUGCAAGCCGCCGCCGCCAAGGACGCCAUCGACCAGACGCUGCUGCGCAAGUACAUCAUGUACGCGCGCCAGAAGGUGCGGCCCGUGCUGCAGGACAUCGACCAGGGCAAGAUCACGCAGGUGUACACCGAGCUGCGCCGCGAGGCGGCGGGCGGCGGGCUGACGAUCGCGGUGCGGCACAUCGAGUCGAUCAUUCGGAUGGCGGAGGCGUCGGCGCGCAUGCACCUGCGCAACGCGGUCAACAACGACGACGUCAACCUCGCCAUCUCUGUGCUGCUCCGCUCGGUCAUCGACUCGCAAAAGUAUGCGCUCAAGAAUGCGAUGGAGGCCAAGUUCAAAAAGUACAUGGUCGCGUCGACCGACACCAACCAG